AGUCGACAUACGGGCGCUAAUAGUCCGCGCCAAUCUGCAAUUUUAGUCGUAAGGGCAGCGUUUACUGUUCUGACGGACAAAAGAAGCAAAUCUAAUGUCUAUAGGAGCUAUAUUGCUCUGUAUUUCUGCCUUAGCUGCUGUCCCCCACAGCACUAAUGGCUUCAGCACAGAAGUCUUUGAUCGAGGCUUCUGCAAGAACCUGAUUGCGCCCGAUAUGGGCGAAAUAAAUUGCCAACUAAUCGGUGAAAAACUAAUAUGCGUCACCUCAUGCAAGUCAGGCUACAAGUUUGACGGAUUGAAAGCUGGUGAAACAUUGUCGGCUGAAUGCGUGACAACUGACGGCUCAUGGACACGUGACGAAUUCCCACAAUGCGUUUCCGCUAUGUGCGAAGCGAUGCCACCGGUUAACGCGUUGGAUCCAGAUUGCACUGACGUCGGAAGCUUGCUCUUGUGCGACAUCACGUGUUUGGAUGGAUACAAGUAUAGCAACGCUCAUCUGUUCGCUUGUAACAAAGAGACAGGAGAGUGGAAUCCACCUCUGCCCGAGUUGAACCGACUCCCCGGUUGCAUAAUGGGCUCAAAGAAGUGUAAGGCUCUUGCUCCACCAGUGAAUGGAUUCGUUGCUUGUAACGUCACAGACGAUCAACAAAGGUGUUUCCCAUCAUGUCCACCAGGUUUUGAGUUUUCUGUCACCAUCCCAAAGUCCGGUUACUACAGUUGUGAUGAGACAGGGAAAUGGUUGCCAGGAGAUACGCUUCCAGAAUGUGUGGAAAAAGCUGACUCUGUCAACCCUGUUGGCGUUGGUCACUUCACUGGUGUGUACACCAAUGUUAAAGCACCUGCUGAUCAAUCUGGCACUUGUUUCACAUGGGGUCAACAUCAUUACCGAACUUUUGACGGAACCAUUUACCGAUUCAGAGGCGAAUGUACUUAUGUGCUUGCUAAGGACAUGGUGGAUGACACUUUCUCAGUUCAUGUACAAAAUGAUGGAGAUUGCAGUGGAUCAAAUAUUGGUUGCAAGAGGAGCGUGAUUAUCAUCUAUGGAGAAGAAAUGCUUCGACUCGAAAACGAUCCGGUAACGAACGAUCCAACAGCAUAUGGUGGAUCUUCCCAACAACUUGUCUUGCCUGAAUAUAUUUAUGGUCUCUCUGUUGAAAAAAUUGCCAACUAUAUUGUUGUCAAGGACAGUCAGAACAACCUGUAUGUAAAGUGGGACGGUGCCGAACAAAUCUGGGUUCAUGUUGAUGAAGAAUUGUUUGGAAAAACUGCUGGUCUUUGUGGAACAUUCAACAGAGAUUGUAGCGAUGACUUUACAAUCUACGUUGAUGGUGAACCACGCUUGGUGUCUGAGGUUCCAGCGUUUGCAAACAACUGGAAAGCUCUCUCAACCUGCAAGGAAGCUGGAAGCGAACCAUUCUGUAAAUGGGGCGUUGAAGCAUCUAUGGAAGAAAGACUUCUCACCGGCAAUGCAUUAGAGUUGUGUGGUUCAAUGAUGGACACAAAGUGUAAAGAUGUUGUCGAUCCUUCAUCUUUCUUCGAAUCUUGCAAAGAAGAUGUUUGCUUUUAUGGAGGAUCCUCGGAUGCGGUUUGCAACUCCAUGUCCGCUUACUUUAGAGAAUGUGCUCGACGUGGCGUCCAUGUUGAAUGGAGACAAGAGGGAAGAUGUGAAGUUAUGUGUCCAAUGGGAAUGAUAUUCGACCAUUGUGGAUCUUCUUGUCCAUUAACUUGUUCUGGUCGUGAAUAUAACUGUGAGGAUAGACAUUGUAUUGACGGUUGCCAUUGCCCUGAUUGUACUUACCUUCAUGAUGGGGAUUGUGUUGAUAGAUCAUCAUGUCCCUGCCAGUUUGGUGACAAGACUUACCGACCCAAGAGUAAAAUUCGUCGAGAUUGCAACCAAUGUGUUUGUGCUCGAGGAAAGUGGAUUUGUACAAAGAACCGUUGUGAUGGAGUCUGUAGAACAUUUGGUGACAGACAUUAUGAAACCUUUGAUGGAGCUGAAUACAGCAUGAGAGUUGAUCAAGAUUGUUCGUACAUCCUUGCAAGAUCAAGUGGAGUUCAAGAUAUUUCUUUCCAAAUUGUGAUUGAAAACUUCAAGUGCACACGUACAUCUGGUAGUGGUGUAAAGGAAUGGCAACAAUGCACAAGAAACUUGGCUGUUACUGUUAACGGCAUCAGCGUAAAACUUUUAUCUGGUGGAGCUGUCGUUCACAAAGAUCGCGAAGUUCGAAUGCCAUAUGUGACUGACUCUUUCGCUGUUGAAGAUGUGACUUCUGAAUUCCAAAAGGUAACUAUUUGGAAUGGUAUGACUAUCUUAUGGGACAAGAAGACCCGUUGCUUCAUUCGAGCCAAGAACAACAUGUGUGGUUUAGUUGCCGGUCUUUGUGGUAACUUCAACUCAAUUCAAGAUGAUGACAAAUGGGCUCCUGAUGGAAUAACUCACGAGGAUGUUUAUGAAUUCUCAAGUUUGUGGCAGGCUACCACUUGUCCUGGUGCACCAAGAUGGGAUCCAAUGACAGAGAACCCAUGCAAGAUAUAUUCAAUCAACAGACCUGGGGCAAAGGAUCUUUGUGGAAAGUUGAAGAGUCCACCUUUCUUACAAUGCCAUGACAUCAUUGAAUAUCAGCCAUACUACGACGCUUGUAUGUUUGACUUCUGCAGUCUACCCAUCAGACAAAUGGCUUGCAAUGUGUUUGCUACUUAUGCCUUAUCUUGCAGCAAACAGGGUGUUGUGUUUGAUUGGAGAGCGGAAUCUGGUUGUGAGGAAACUUGUGAAGACGGUAUGAUUUGGUCCGAAUGUGCCAAGUCAUGUGAAGCAUCAUGUGGAGCUAUACAUGAAAAUAUUCCAUGCAGUGAAGAAUGUGUUCCAGGUUGUACCUGCCCAGAAGGACAAGUCCUUAGUUAUGAAGGUUCUUGUAUUUCUGUGGAAGACUGUCCUUGCUACUUUGAUAAUGAGAAGUACUUGCCAUCUGAAUCCCAUAUGUUGGAUUGCAACGUGUGUGAAUGCCAUAAGGGUAAAUGGGAAUGCACAGACAACUACUGCCCUGUGUCAGAAGAUUGUAAGGAAAAUGAAGAAUAUGUGAAAUGCAAAUGGGAGGAACAGAUUACUUGCUUCAGCAUGCAUCUUCCACAUGAUGAACCAACCAAACCUGAACAUUGUAUAUCUGGUUGCCAGUGCAAAGAAGGUUUUGUCUUGGAUGAGAACAGUGGUGAAUGUGUCACCAAGGAGGGCUGUCCCUGUGUGUAUGGUGGUAGAAGCUACAAGGAAGGUGAAGAAAUGAGAAAAGAUUGCAACACAUGUCAAUGUGUGGGCGGUAUGUGGACAUGCACUGAGAAAAUCUGCCAAGGAGAGUGCCACGCUUAUGGUCCAACCCAUAUCACUACAUUUGAUGGACAUUACUACAAGUUUGGACAGGAUUGUGAAUAUGUCCUUGCAAGAAGUACUGAUGAAAAUGAACAUAACUUCCGUAUCUCCAUCACUAAUAUUCCAUGCGGUUCAUUUGGAACUGUGUGCAGUAAAUCGAUCACCAUGAUCGUAAACUACGGAACUCCUGAAGAAGAAACAUUAACUCUUGUCCGAGGCAAGAGAGUUGAGAUCAGUCGCAACUCUGCUUUUUCUGCUCGUUUCGCCGGCCUCUAUGUUUUUAUUGACACCAACAUUGGCGUAACUCUGCAGUGGGACAAGGGAACGCAUAUUAUUGUUAAAGUACUUGGUGAACAUUCUGGAAAGGUUGAAGGUCUUUGUGGAAACUAUGAUCAAAACUCACUAAACGAUUUCAAAACAAGUGGUGGACUUGAAACUGGUGACCGAUUGGUCAUGGCUGAGUCAUGGCAGAUUGGAAUGUGUAAAGAUCCAAUUAAUGUUGAUGAUGUGGAUGGUUGCGCCGGCAAUGUGGAUCGACGUUUGUGGGCCGAGUCUCGUUGUAAUGUGAUCAAGACUAAGUUUGCUGCUUGUCACAGUUAUGUCACCUAUGAGCCCUACUAUGAGCGUUGUGUGUACGACACAUGUGCUUGUAAUACUGGUGGGGAAUGUGAGUGUUUCUGUACUUCCAUUGCUGCAUAUGCACAAGAAUGUAACAGGCAUGGGGCACAUCCAUACUGGCGUACACAAGAUAUGUGUCCAAUACAAUGUGAUGGAUACAGAGUAUACAACCCAUGUGUGUCGGCUUGUCCUAUAACAUGUGACAACUUCAACUCCAGAGCAAAGAUUGAAAGAGAAUGCAAGGACUCAUGUGUUGAAGGUUGCUCUUGCAAAGGAAAACUUGUUUAUGAUAGAAAAGAGAAAUGUUGUAUUGAAAGAUCCCACUGUGUGUGCACUGUAUUGGAUGGUGUAUUAUACGGAGAUGGAGACAAGAUUUUCAGCAUGUCUGAUGAAUGCAAAAGCUGUUAUUGCAUGGACCAUGAGAUUCAUUGUCUUGGUCUCCCAUGUCCUGACAAUUACCUUCCACCAGUAAUGCCUUGCACGAUCAGAUAUUGGGAAAGAUUGGACCACAAGAAAUACAAUCCAUUCUUGCUUAAACCAUCAAAAGAAACAUGUUCACUUGAAAUUGAAAAAGCUAUUGCUCUGUGUCCAGUAGAGCAACAGAACCACUGUGGAUACCGAUGUAGUGAAUUGUGCCAUGCUUGGAGAUCUGCUACAUAUGAGUGUGUGCAUGGAUCAAAGAGAGAAUGUUGCUUAACAUGCGGACAACAAAUCACUAAAUGUUCCGCUGGUCAAGUUUUGAGAGACGCCGACACAUGCUGUGCUCCACAAGACUGCCCUUGUCUUCUUCCAAAUGGAAAUAUUUUAGCGCCUGGUGAUAACUGGGAUUGCAGAGUGUCCUGCGUAAGAUAUUAUUGCUGGAACAACAAACUUGAAGAGUCAAUUUUAUCUGGCUGCACUCCUGAGCCUGAAACUAAAUGCUUGCCUGAGAUCGAAAGUGAAAGCACGGAAGAAUAUCCAAGUUAUACAGCAAUGAGCAUUAAAUAUCCAGAAAUUGAAGAGGCACCUGUACCAGUAGUACCACCAGUUGAAAUCGAACCAGUACAAGAAACAAAGGUUUCUCUGCCAUGCGAUGAUGUUACAACAAGUAUUGUAGAAUCUGCAUUAGUUGAUGUAAUGCAUGAUAAAGAAUCUACUAAUUUUUUCAAUGAUGUUAUCGAUAUUCCAAGUCCUCCAUUGCAACCAAAAAUCGAUCCAACAAUUGCAGAAUUUGCACCCACGCCUGUGGUAAUAGAGGAUGAAGUACCAUGCUUUGUUCCAACACCAGAACAACCAUUCAUUGAUGCACCAGUUCCAAAAUUCACCCCAACACCAACAUACAUUGAUGGUGAAGUACCAAGCUUUGUCUUACCACCAGAACAACCAUUCAUUGAUGCACCAGUUCCAAAAUUUACACCAACACCAGUUAAUACCUUUGUUCCAGAAGUUGGAGUCGAUAUUCCACAAGCCAUCCCUACUGGUUUUGGACCAAAACCAGUUGUUGAAAUGUUUGAAGAAGGUUAUCUCUCUCCUAUUGAGAAGUUCUCACCUGAACCUUGCAUUGAUAUUGCUGUUCCAUCACCAACAUCAUUUGCUCCUGAACCUUGUGUAGACACAUUUAUUCCUUCACCUGCUCCAUUUGCUCCUGUUCCAUGUGUUGAUACUUUCGUACCAACUGUAGGAAAGGCUGUUCCACAACCAUCAGAAGAAUAUUACCCAACACCAGAACAAUAUGGUCCAGUUCCAUGCGUUGACACCUUUGUACCAACUGUAGGAAAGGCUGUUCCACAACCAUCAGGAGAAUAUUACCCAACACCAGAACAACCAUUCAUUGAUGCACCAGUUCCAAAAUUCACACCAACACCAACAUUCAUUCAUACUGAAGCACCAUGCUUUGUUCCAACACCAGAACAACCAUUCAUUAAUGCGCCAGUACCAAAAUUCACCCCAACACCAACAUUUAUUAAUGAUGAAGUACCAUGCUUUGUUCCAACACCAGAACAACCAUUCAUUGAUGCGCCAGUACCAAAAUUUACACCAACACCAGUUAAUACCUUUGUUCCAGAAGUUGGAGUCGAUAUUCCACAACCUAUCCCAACCGGUUUUGGACCAAAACCAGUUGUUGAAAUGUUUGAAGAAGGUUAUCUCUCUCCUAAUGAGAAGUUCUCACCUGAACCUUUCAUUGACGUUGCUGUUCCAUUACCGACUCCAUUUGCUCCUGAACCUUGUGCAGACACAUUUAUUCCUUCACCUGCUUCAUUUGCUCCUGUUCCAUGCAUUGAUACCUUUGUACCAACCGAAGGAAAGGCUGUUCCACAACCAUCUGGAGAAUAUUACCCAACACCAGAACAAUAUGGUCCAGUUCCAUGCGUUGAUACCUUCGUACCAACUGUAGGAAAGGCUGUUCCACAACCAUCUGGAGAAUAUUACCCAACACCAGAACAAUAUGGUCCAGUUCCAUGCGUUGACACUUUCGUACCAACUGUAGGAAAGGCUGUUCCACAACUAUCUGGUGAAUAUUACCCAACACCAGAACAGUAUGGUCCAGUUCCAUGUCUUGAUAACUAUCUUCCAGAAAUUGGAGUCGGUAUUCCUCAACCCAUCCCAACAGGUUUCGGCCCAAAACCAGUUGUUGAAAUAUUUGAGGAAGGUUAUCUCUCUUCUUCCCAGAAAUUGCCACAAAAACCCUGCACUCAAUCUGUUGAGCAUGUUGAAAUUCCUUGUGUUGAGAAACCUUUUGAUUUGAAAUCAACCAAAGCAAGAGUUUGUCCUGGUGUUCCUCAAAAUGUUGAUAUUCAAUGUCCUUGUGAUACUUAUUGGGAUGGUAAAACUUGUGUUGGAAUCCAUGAUUGUCCAUGUGUUUCUGAGGAUAUUAUUCGCCAGACUGGCUCUGUAUGGAAAGAGGAUGAGGGUUGUACAAACUGUAUUUGCAUUGCUGGUGUCUCAAAAUGCACACCUCAAAUAUGUGACAUCACUUCAUGCAGCUUAGGAUUUAAACUUGUUACUCCAGUUGGUUCCUGCUGUCCAGUAUGUGAACCUAUUGACACUACAUGUCUGGAUGGAAGCAAAUUGGUUGGUGAGACAUGGACUGACAACUGUGAAGAUUGCAUUUGUACCGAAACUGGUGUGACUUGCAAUCCUGUUCAAUGCCCACCAAUAGUCAUGCCUGUAUGCAGCCCUGGUUAUGAACUUGUUCAAAAACUUGGUGGUUGUUGUCCAGUGUAUGAAUGUGUAUGUGACAAGAGCUCAUGCAACAAUGAAGUACCAGUUUGUGAACAAUACUAUGAACCAGUUCCUAUUGAUAUUGAUUCAUGUUGUCCUAAAUAUCAAUGUGCUUGCAAGAUUGAGUUGUGCCCUAAGGUAUUCUGCAAGGUAGAUGAAAGGAAGAUCCGAGUCUAUUCGGAUAAUGCAUGCUGCCCAGAAUACAGGUGUCAACGUGUUGGAUGCGUAGACAGCAAGGGAGUUGAGCAUGAAGUUGGUUCAUACUUUGUUAACCCAUUGGAUUCUUGUUCUGAAUGCUCAUGUCUUAGUGAUGGUGUUGUUUCAUGCAAAGCAAAGGCAUGUAACACACAAUUCAUCAGUGUAUGUCCAAAUGGAGCUAUGCCACUUAAGAGAACCACAUCGGACGGUUGUUGCACAGAAUAUGUUUGCGACUGUAUGUGCUCUGGUUUGAACUUUGGAUGGAAUACUUUUGAUGAUCGUUACAUGUCUGACAACCAAGCUGGUGUGUUCACUGUUGUAAAGGAUACCAAUUCUAAGGACUUCUCUAUAUCCAUCAACAAGGUUGAAUGUGAAUCAGGAAUGUGUGUUGAAUACAUUCAUGUAGAAGACUUUGUUGCUAAACAUUCUGUCAAAAUCUUUGGAGAUGGAAAGGUUGAAAUUGACGGUGAAGAAGUUUUAGUAUCUGCUGACAAAGAAACCACAAUCAAGGGAUUCAGAAUUUCCGUUGAUUCAAGUGGCGAAUACAAGGUUACUUCUGAAGUAACUGGUAUCUUUGCUUCUAUUAGCAGCGGAGGUUCCUCAUGGUCAGUAAGAGUACCUGCUGAAUACAGCGGCUCUACCAUCGGUCUGUGUGGUCAAUGUGAUGGAGACAAGUCAAAUGACUGUUGGGAUGGCGUCAAGGUUAUUGACAGCGUUCAAGAGUUUGUCACUUGCUUCGGUGCUUCACCAACUAUGCCAAUGUUUGUGCCACAGCCAGAAGUCUGCAUUGAAGGAGAUAAAUGUGCAGCCCUUAUUACCAGCUCAUUUGAUACUUGCACAGUCACACCUGAUAUGUACAUUCAAUCUUGUGUUGCAAGCAUUUGCAAUGGUGGAGACGAAUGUGAAGCUCUCGCCUCGAUGGCUUCUGCUUGUCGAUCGAAUGGAUAUUGUAUUGAAUGGAGAAGUGACACUGUAUGUCCUCUGACAUGCCCAAUGGAUAAGAUUUACAAAGCAUGCGGUCCAACAGUUGUGAAAACUUGCGAGAACUACAAGACCUACGCCACACUACCAGUUGAAUACACAGCAGAAGGAUGUUUCUGUCCAGACAACUUGGUGUACAGUGAAGGUAGAUGCAUUGCACCAUCUUCUUGCCCAGUCUGCACUGACGAACUUGGCUGUGGAAGAUAUGCCGGAGAAUUCUGGAAACACACAAGAGAUGCUUGCAUCACUUGCACUUGUACCAAUGAAGGAACAAUUGUUCAAUCUGCUGUGACUUGCUCUAGCAAACCAGAAUGUGCUGCUGAUGAAAACUUGGUUAUGAUUCAAAAUGAUAUCUGUUGCCCAGUUUACGAAUGUGUACCAACUGAGAAAUGCCAGAAUGUUAUUUGUCCUGUCUACCCAACACCUGUUUGUGGAGCUGGGGAAGAAGUUGAAAGCAUAGUUCACGACGAAUGUUGUGUUGAAUUCAAGUGUGCUUGCAAUGCAGACUUGUGUCCAAUCGUUCAAGUAACUUGUGAGGAAGGAGAAGAAAUUAUGACGGUUCCCAGCAAAUGCUGCGAAUCCAAGGUAUGUGAUUGCCGACCAGAGACAUGUCCUGAACCACCAACUUGCGAAGAAGAAGGUUUCGAUCUUGCUUUGGUCAGCUGUGGAAGAUGUUGCUCUACUUAUGAGUGCAGAUGUACAAGAUCUACUUGUCCAGUUGAUGUUAUAUUGUCUUGCGACCUUGGCGAAGUUAAGACAGUCAAGAACCCUGGUGAAUGUUGCACCAAGUAUGAAUGUGUUUGUGACAAAUCUACUUGUCCUAUCGCCAUCAAAUCUUGCCCACAAGGAUAUAAACUUAAGACCACAACUCUUGAAGGAAAGUGUUGCUCGGAAGUUACUGAAUGCGUUUGCGAUGAAAGUGCUUGCCCAACAUACAAGGGAGCUACAUGUGAUGCUUCUGCUGGUUACAAGGCAGUUACUACUGGCUCAGUAUGGACCACAUACGUUGUACCAGACUGUUGUCCAAUCAUCUAUGAAGAAGUCUGUGUUUGUGACAAGUCUCUCUGCCCUGCUGUUGAAACACCACAAUGUGAAUCUUACCAAGUCAUGAUCCAAGAACCAACAUCAGCUUGCUGCACUGAAUACAAAUGUAUCUGCGACAUUACACGAUGCAAUGUUGGCGUCACAUCUUGCCCAUGCAACAAACAUGUUGAGAUCACAAGAGAGAAUGAAUGUUGUGAACUUGCUACUUGUAUCUGCAACACAUGCGUUGAACCAACACCAUGUAAAGAAGGAUGGACCGCUGCUGAUCUUACAGAUGACUGCGGCUGUAUUACUCGAACAUGUUCACCACCCCAGAAAUGUGUAUACAGCGGAGAAGAUCACGCACCUGGUAUCACAUGGCAAGAAGACAUCUGUCUUGAAUGUACUUGUCCAGCUUAUCCAAAUGCUCUUGGUGAAUACGUUGCUGAAUGCACAAACAUCCAAUGCGGAAAGUGCAGUGCAGGAUACACCUAUGUACCAAUUCCAGGAGCUUGCUGUGGUGAUUGCGUUCCUAUUACAUGUCACUAUGAAGGAACUCAACAUUCUGUUGGACAAACAUGGUCACCAUCAGGAGAUCAAUGCACAACAUGCAUGUGUGAUAUGAACUCCAUCACUGGGGAAGUCUACACAACAUGCACGGCGGUGGCUUGCGCACCAAUGGACCCAUCAUGUCCUGCUGAUAAGAUCCGAACAACUGGAGAUGGAUGUUGUACUUAUUGUGAUCCAACAUAUGUGGUGGAAACAGGAGGUUGCGCACCAAAGCAGAACGCUCCAGAAUUCCUUACAAUGGAUGGAUGUACAAGUGAUGAACAAGUUUGUAUCAGCACAUGCGAAGGUGCUUGUGUCAGCAAGUCAACGUAUUCUCUCGAAUCCAACAACUUCACACGACUGUGUAGCUGUUGUUCAACCACCGAGACAGAAGAACGCACCGCAACGCUCACUUGUCCAGAUGGAUCCAAGAAAACAGUCACCUAUAAGGUGGCUACAAAGUGUGGUUGCCAGGCUAGCAAAUGUGAAGCUAUGCCAUAGGUCAACUGCCUUGAAAUAACGCCAACAAAUGUAUAAGUUAUAACAAAACUAUAAUCAAUAUAUUUCUUACUCUAUUGUACUUCUAUUAACUAAAUGCUGAAACCAAAAUUUUGGUGUAAUUUAUACAAUUUUGUUACCCAACCCAACCCAACCCACCCUCUCUUUUUUCUUUAUUUAUAUUUCCUUGUGUGAACUUUUAUAAAAAAUGCAACUCACACUCAGCUCUGUAUAUCGGUAGCAGCCAGGAGCUUCGACUUUUGUCGUUGGUUUCUCCAGGAUUGCUCUGGCAUUGAGUUUGAUGUGGUUGUCGCUGUGAUCUUGUCAUAACUUGUGGCUCUUCUACUUUGGUCACUUACGAACCAACUUCAUUAUUGACUUUCUUUCAGGUUCUUAAGUCUUUGUGUUGUUUGAGUUCGUAACUUGUAUUGAAAGUAUCAGAAACAAACUAACAUUGAUAUGUUUCACAUGCUUCCACCUUAUAUUCAUUACGUGCAAAAUUGACGGAGAAGUCGUUGGGGGACGCUUCAAUGUCAUUGUUGCUGUAACAUUUUUAUUAGUUGAUAGUUUCAUCCGCCAUGUUUAAAACCAAGUCGCACAAGGAAAUAAAUCAUUGCAUUAAAA